AUCACAAUCCCCCAGAGCAUGCAAUCAAGCCUCUUCAACAGCGAAAACGCGAUUGUGAAGCCCGUUCCAAACACCGAGCCCCAAUGGCCGACAACAGCUCAUCUGAUUACAGAGCUCUUUUUCUGCAAGCGGAAGAGGGGCGCAGGCUUGCGGAAGAGGGGCGCAGGCUUGCGGAGGAAGGACGAAAACGCGCGGAAGAGGGGCACAAGCUUGCGGAGGAAGGACGAAAACGCGCAGAAGAGGGACGCAGACUUGCAGAACAGCGCAACUUACCAACCACAUUUCCCGAAUUUAUUCGUGCUUGCCAUACCCUCCUCUCUAUUCCGUUGAGGGUUGCAGCUUCAUCCCGCUCUACCAAGGGCACAAUACCGCAACCGAAGGGGAAAUACUGCCCGACAAAUCUUCUUCAAUGGGCAGAUUUGCCAGCCAAGCAGCAAGAUAUCUUCACCUCCGUCUGUAACUACCUAGAGCCCGUUCGAGGCGCUGCACCACGCCACUUUCCGCCUCAUAUAGCCCUAGAAGAGCUUUCCCGACGCAUAAGUCAUCGCCCACUCAGUAGCGAGCAGGAUCUUGAAACUUAUGAGCGUCUAGCGGUGGAAGAUCACAUUGUGGACAUAAUUGAUGAGCUAUGCAAAAUACCCGAGGCUCAAAAAGAGUUUGGUCUGGGUGAUGGAGUUCGUUUUGAAAAUCAUGCCAACUCCCUGGACGACGCUUAUACAAAUCAAUCCGACUCUCAACGUGCCAGACCGGACCAGUUCUGCAUCCACCGGUUGGACAACAACAUGAGCACCCUACUCACAACAGUGGAAUAUAAGCCGCCUCACAAGCUCUCUGUGGAAAAUCUUCGAACGGGCCUGCGACCCAUGAAUUUCUGGGAAACCGUUGUCAAGCCACGGACCAUACCAAUUAAGGAGAAAGAAAAAUUGAAGUAUAACGCACAACACAUAUCGGGAUCUGCGGUGACCCAGCAUUAUCACACCAUGAUAGAAGAUGGGAUUCCGUAUGCAUACCUGACCAACGGAUUGGCACUUGUCCUCCUUCAUAUCCCAUACGAGGACCCUAGUACCCUUUACUAUUACCUGUGCGAGCCAAAUUUGGAUCUGAAAGCAGAGGAUAGCCGGGCCUUCGACCAACCGAAAACCGCACUCGCGAGGGCGUUGUGUCUUUGCCUGAUGAGUUUUCGUUCGGCUCCCCGUGACCAAAACUGGCGGAAUGCUGCGCGGGCGCAGCUUCAUAUAUGGAAGACUAGCUUUGACUACACCCUUUCCGAGAUACCGGAAGAGGAAUUGCGACAGGUGCCUCCAGAUUCUGAGUACACCAGUUCUGAGUAUACGGGAUCCGAGUAUUUACCGUCGUCCCCUACGUCACCCCCUGAGAGCCGUCGCAUGCCGACUCGGUCUCAGCCCGGAUGUUCGCCGUCCGAUUUGGGUCGUCACAUGGAAUCGACUGAUUCUUCUGAUUCUGAUUCAAAUCAAAUGGCACCUGGCCGUAAGCGAGGUUUUAGUCAGAUUACGUCGUCUCCACCGACUCAACGGGCUGGUCGGUCUGAUUCACACAAUGCACAAGGAGGCCGUUUCCAACAGAACACAGCGAAAUUUUGCACUCAGCGGUGCCUGCUCGGCCUCUGCUCCAGUGACCUUUUGGACUACAACUGUCCGAAUGUGACACGACACCAGCAUGGAGAAAAAGUUGAAAGGCAUCAUAUCAACGGUUCAACCCUACUGCGCCUGCUGAACCAGCAGCUAGAUCAUAAUCUUGACCAUAACUGCUGGCCACUGGGUAAUCGUGGGGCGUACGGGUCAUUAUUUAAGCUGACCUGUGCGGAGUACGGCUAUACUGUAGCUGCUAAAGGGACAACUUCUACCCUCUGGACGGAAGUUUCAGGUGAAGCGGAAAUAUAUCGAAUUCUUCAGAGGGUUCAAGGAGCGGCUACCACUGUCUUCGUCGGAUCUAUUAAUUUGGCGAAGACCUACUUUUUACAUGGUUUCGGCCAAGUGCGCCAUAUGCUACUUAUGGCUUGGGGAGGUGACAGCAUCGCAAAGCUUGAGCAGUGGCCGACACUGCGACAGGAAAUCUUGAAGUCAAAGAAGGAGUUUCGUGCCUUAGGGGUCAUCCAUGGGGACCUUCGACCGGAAAAUAUGCUAUGGAAUGAUGAGCUCAAGCGAGUCCUUUUGAUUGAUCUUCAUAAAUGCCCCUGUGUGGCAUGGGGCAAAGAGAACCUAAUCGGCUCGGGAGAUUUUUCACAGAACCGAAGAGACAUUCAGCAAAAAGUUAAGCAAUGGAACCCUUACAUCCGUUCGACGCGGGCGAACAUCAAGGCAAUGAGCCUGGGUUUCCAUCCCGCCAUUUGCAAUAAGGCUCGCUCAUCUCUUAAGGUGAAGGCAAGAGACACCACACCGGUAUCGGCAAUCAUCAUGGAUGAGAACAAAAAGAAGAAACUAUUAGGAGGUAUUGACAAAUUCCUUGAUGAACGUACUCGUGUUUGGUAUGCGAGGCGCGGCAUUGAAGCCAAACCUCUGUCGCAGAGCAUCUGCCCCAGCUCCUCUAACGUCCGGUGUGAGGGGAAGAGCUUCGGUGAUCCGGACUGA